GCCCCGAGGUCCUUGAUGUGACAUUGAACAAAUGCGCGUGGGACUCUAACAGUUCAGCACUCUUGUUCUUCGAUAAAAUUGCCCUCCUCAGGGUUUUAUACAUGAACUAUCGACUUUUUUAUGGUCCCGAACCGGACUCGGCGCCAUGGAUUGCCACCUGUUUGCCAAAGAUGCUUGAGUUUGGAAUCGCCUCCUGGUCAAGAAUCCCCAACCUACUUGAGCCGUCCUCGGGUGAACAAUCAUCUUACCAACUACGAACUUUACUCCCUCUCACGGAACUAGCAAGCACUCGAAAUAUGAGGGUGGCACGUACAUGGGAAGACCCGGAGCUAUAA